GACACAGACAGUGGAAUUUACAUUGCAAAUGCAAAGAAAAAAGAUUGGACAGAUUCAACGUCUUCAUACAGACUUAAGGUGUUGGAAGCUGUUCCCAUUCCAGCCAUGCAGGUGACCUACUACAACUCAAGUACAGGACUUUGUAACAUCACAGUGAAUUGUUCAGGCUGGAUGUUUUCUGUCUGUAAUGGAGGUCAGUGCCCACUGUACCAGGAUUCUCUGUCAGUCUCUGAGGUCAAUAUCACCGUUUCCAGUGGUAAUGGAUUCAUCCAGUGUAUCGUCAACAAUCACAUCAGUACAGAGACCAAAUCACAACGGAUGAAGGACAUAUGUAUUGGUGAGAAGAAGGGGAUCGCUGCAGCAUCACUAGUUGGCAUCAUUGUGUUCAUUGUUACUGGUGGAUUAUUCUUAGUUGGUGUACGAUGCAUCAUAUCAACCAGAAGAAGGCGAUCCCCUAAAGAAAAACUGCUACUGAAGGUCGUUGUUCCAGAAGUUGACAACCCAGUGAGCGCUAUACCAGGAAGACCAGAACUCCAUAACACCCCUGGAUCUGAGGUGACAUCUAUCUAUGUUACUGCAGUGAGACCAGGAGCAGUACCAGCAGCAGCAGGAGGAGAAGAGGGGCAUCCAGGGGACAAGGAGUACACUUCACCAGAAGAGAGGAAAGAACCACAGUUCCCCCAACAGGCAGAGACAGUCUACAGCACCCUACAGAUACCAGCUGCAGCACAGCGCCACCCAGUGGGAAAAGGAAAUAAUCUAAAGAAACCAGACACGGUGUACUGCACAAUAGGAGACAAACUACCCUGCUAAACUACCCCUCCAUCCCUCUCAGAGACCCCUGAUGUUACAUUGACUAAGAUUUAACCCAUAGACUCAGAUACCGAACAGCAAACACAGGGGAAAUUAUGAAGGAGAGAGAAUCGUGAUAAUGGCUUUUUACAUUUUUUGUCUAAUUUCAUCCAUAUUUAAAGUGGCAAUCUGCAAUUCCUACGUACUUUGAAAUGAAUUGUAUAUAACUAUUGAUCCAUGCAGAAUACAACUUAUGCUUGUUUAACUCCAUUGUUUGUAAAAACUGUAUUUGUAAAACAAUUGGUGGCAGGGUACCCGAGUUGUUAUUAUUUAGACUGCAGAUUUCCUCCUUUAGCGAUAGAAAGUAUGUAAAACAGUCUUAUUUCUGUAAAUGAAAAUGAAAACAUGCAGAUGAAUACAGUAGCGCUAUACAUGCUUUAAAAAAGUGUUUAUAUACAAAUCAGCGGUUUGAAAAUGGGAAGCCCAUCCAUUCAAUCAAUCAAAUCGACCAAUCAAUCAAUAAAUACAUAAACCAAUCAUUCAAUUAAUAAAUAAAU